AUGUCGAGCUCCGCGUUCACUGUUGCGGAGCAUCUCAUUGAUGCCUCGUACAUCCGAGAAUAUCCGCAUGCAACAACCACCCAAGAAGCGCCCCUGAAGCUGGCCGUUAAGAAAUAUACCCCUGUCGACAAUACAAAUCCCCAACCCGGAGACAUUACCCUGGUCGCUGUCCCUGGAAAUGGCUUGCCCAAAGAGCUGCUUGAGCCGUUAUGGGCAGAAGUUAUGACCAGGGCUCGACAAGAUGGAUUUCGCAUCCGAGCUAUUUGGUGCACUGAGAGUUUCCAUCAAGGAUAUAGCGGUGUUGCCAACGAGAACUACCUUGGUAAUGACCCCUCUUGGUUUGACAUGAGCCGUGACACGCUGCAUAUGAUCAACCAUUUCCGAGAUGAGAUGCCACGGCCGAUAAUGGGUGUCGGACACAGUCUUGGUGGUGUUCAGCAAAUUCUCCUUUCCCUAAUUCACCCACGUAUAUUCACUUCCAUGAUCCUCCUCGACCCAUUCAUCCACAACAUGCCGGACGCAGGCGGCCCCGCCUGGAUCGGCGCCUUCGCCAAGCGACCCGACGUAUAUCCCUCGCGGGAAUUCGCGACCGCAGUAUCCGCGAAACUACUAAAGACUUGGGACCCCCGUGUCCUGGAACUAUGGAGCAAGCAUGGCUUCCGCGACCUCCCAACCGUUAUCCACCCAGAAACGGAUUCAUCUGACGAUUCCCGCCCAGUAACGCUCACUAGUAACAAGCAUCAAGAGACAUUCUCGUACAUUCGACCCAACUUCAACCGCCACAAGGAGCUCGGCUUGCCCGAUGAACAAGAUCUUCUUGGCGACGAGGGUCCCCCAGCGCCUCACGAUGCCUUGACUGUCCCCGAUCUGCGUGGCGCGUUAUACGCUAAUCAGCGAUUCUAUCGCCCAGAGCCAAUGUUUGCUUGGGACUCAUUGCCGAGUGUGCGACCGUCUGUGCUGUAUGUCAAUGGGGCUCAAAGCGGACUCUGGCUUUCGGGUCAUCUGGCAGAGGCUGCUGAGCGCACGGGAACUGGAGCUGGGGGUAGUGGAGGUAAGGCUUAUGGGCGCGUCAAGGAAGUUAUUAUUCCGAAGGCUGGGCACAAUUUGCAUUUGGAGAACAUUUCUGAGGUGGCUGGUGCGAUCGGGCCUUGGUUGGCGAGUGAGGGACAGAAAUGGGUUGAGGAUGAGAAACGACUUGCUGAAAAUUGGGAGAACCGUUCAGUGAAGUCGAAGUCCACGCUUGAUAAAGAGUGGUGGAAGAAUCUGGACUUUGCUGUUCAAGAAUUCAAGAAGACCAGGAAGGGCUCCGUCAAUUCUAAGUUGUAA